UGAUAGUCUGGAUGUGGCAAUUCAUGCUCAUUAGACUUCAAAGGUAGGAAGUGAAAGUUGUGAAAUGGUGGAUGACUUUCAUCAAUUCACAGCCAGGCAGCGGUUCCCAUUGAGCAGCUCCUCUGUGGUUCCACCCAGCCUUCCAACCAAUAACGCAGCUUCUCCUGCAGGAAACUCAUCGCUUGGGUCACCUGUUAGCCUUUGCUCUAAUGAGCCUUGAGAAAGGAUUGCUGGUCUUGGGACCAGAGGCUUUAUGGGGAGGGAAGAAUUGUUCUUGACUUUCAGUUUUUCGAGUGGGUUUCAAGGUAACAACUUUCUUAUUACCUAGCUUCAUAAUUGCAGUAAGGAAAUAGCUUUUUUGCUUGGAGCCGAGACGACUUUUUCAAGGGAGAAAAAGGGAUUUCUAUAACAAAGAGAGGGAGAGAGAGAUGAAGAGGGAGGGAGUAAGGGCGAGAGGGAAGAAGAGAGAAAGAGAGAGAGAUUUGAAUAUACAUUGCUUCAAGGAUACAAAAAAUUACAACCUGGAAAAGGCUUCAAGUAACUUUAGGAAAAUGAACUGCUGGACUCCUCAGUCAAUCUGUCCUUUCUAGUCAAUGAAAAAGACAGGGUUUGAGGUUCCUUCCGAAACGGGGCCGGCUAAUUUAGCCCCUCCCACGAGCCUAAGGGUCUGUUAUAUCUCUGUUUCCUUGAGUACCUCUCUCACGGAGACGGACCACAGCAAGCAGAGGCGGGGUGGGGGGAAAAACGAGGAAAGAGGAGGAAAACAAAAGCUGCUACUUAUGGAAGAUACAAAGGAGUCUAACGUGAAGACAUUUUGUUCCAAGAAUAUCCUAGCCAUCCUUGGCUUCUCCUCUAUCAUAGCUGUGAUAGCUUUGCUUGCUGUGGGACUGACUCAGAACAAAACAUUGCCAGAAAACAUUAAGUAUGGGAUUGUGCUGGAUGCGGGUUCUUCUCACACAAGUUUAUACAUCUAUAAGUGGCCAGCAGAAAAGGAGAAUGACACAGGGGUGGUGCAUCAAGUAGAAGAAUGCAGGGUUAAAGGUCCUGGAAUCUCAAAAUAUGUUCAGAAAGUAAAUGAAAUAGGCAUUUACCUGACUGAUUGCAUGGAAAGAGCUAGGGAAGUGAUUCCAAGGUCCCAGCACCAAGAGACACCCGUUUACCUGGGAGCCACGGCAGGCAUGCGGUUGCUCAGGAUGGAAAGUGAAGAGUUGGCAGACAGGGUUCUGGAUGUGGUGGAGAGGAGCCUCAGCAACUACCCCUUUGACUUCCAGGGUGCCAGGAUCAUUACUGGCCAAGAGGAAGGUGCCUAUGGCUGGAUUACUAUCAACUAUCUGCUGGGCAAAUUCAGUCAGAAAACGAGGUGGUUCAGCAUAGUCCCGUAUGAAACCAAUAAUCAGGAAACCUUUGGAGCUUUGGACCUUGGGGGAGCCUCUACACAAAUCACUUUUGUACCCCAAAACCAGACUACUGAGUCCCCAGAUAAUGCUCUGCAAUUUCGCCUCUAUGGCAAGGACUACAAUGUCUACACACAUAGCUUCUUGUGCUAUGGGAAGGAUCAGGCACUCUGGCAGAAACUGGCCAAGGACAUUCAGGUUGCAAGUAACGAAAUUCUCAGGGACCCAUGCUUUCAUCCCGGAUAUAAGAAGGUAGUGAACGUAAGUGACCUUUACAAGACCCCCUGCACCAAGAGAUUCGAGAUGACUCUUCCGUUCCAGCAGUUUGAGAUCCAGGGUAUUGGAAACUAUCAACAAUGCCAUCAAAGCAUCCUGGAGCUCUUCAACACCAGUUACUGCCCUUACUCCCAGUGUGCCUUCAAUGGGAUUUUCUUGCCACCGCUCCAGGGGGAUUUUGGGGCAUUUUCAGCUUUUUACUUUGUGAUGAAUUUUUUAAACUUGACAUCAGAGAAAUUCUCUCAGGAAAAGGUGACUGAGAUGAUGAAAAAGUUCUGCUCUCAGCCUUGGGAGGAGAUAAAAACAUCUUACGCUGGAGUAAAGGAGAAGUACCUGAGUGAAUACUGCUUUUCUGGUACCUACAUUCUCUCCCUCCUUCUGCAAGGCUAUCAUUUCACAGCUGAUUCCUGGGAGCACAUCCACUUCAUUGGCAAGAUCCAGGGCAGCGACGCCGGCUGGACUUUGGGCUACAUGCUGAACCUGACCAACAUGAUCCCAGCUGAGCAACCAUUGUCCACACCUCUCUCCCACUCCACCUAUGUCUUCCUCAUGGUUCUCUUCUCCCUGGUCCUUGUCAUAGUGGCCAUCAUAGGCUUGCUCAUCUUUCACAAGCCUUCGUAUUUCUGGAAAGAUAUGGUAUAGCAAGAGCAGCUGAAAUAUGCUGGCUGGAGUGAGGAAAAAAAUUGUCCAGGGAGCAUUUUCCUCCAUCGCAGUGUUCAAGGCCCUCCUUCCCUGUUUGCCAGGGCCAGUCUUGACCAGUGUGAAGCUUCCUUGGCUUUUACUGAAGCCUUUCUUUUGGAGGUAUUCAACAUCCUCUGCCUCAAGGACUUCCGGCAGACACUGUCUUUCAUGAGUUUUUCCCAGCUACCCCUUUCUCCUUUGUACUUUGUGCUUGUGUAGGUUUUAAAGACCUGACACCUUUCAUAAUCUUUGCUUUAUAAAAGAACAAUAUUGACUUUGUCUAGAAGAACUGAGAGUCCUGAGUCCUGUGAUGGGAGGCUGAGCUGGCUGAAAGAAGAAUCUCAGGAACUGGUUCAGUUGUACUCUUUAAGAACCCCUUUCUCUUUCCUGUUUGCCAUCCAUUGAGAAAGCCAUACAAUGUCUUUGGAGAAGGCAGACACACAUUCCACUCCCAGCCUGCCCUGUGGGUAGCAGAAUUUUCUACAGUAGGCAAAUAUGUGCUAAAGCCAAAGAGUUUUUUAAGAAAUAUAUGUGCUCAUGCAGUAAAUACAGUUCUCAAUCCCACCCAAAGCAGGGAUGUCAAUAAAUCACAUUCCUAGGUGAUACCCAAAUGCUACAGAGUGGAACACUCAGACCAGAGACUUGCAAAAAGCAGAUGUACAUAUAUACAUUCAAACAUCAGGGUUUACUAUGUGGUAGGUGGUAUAUACAUAUCACAAAGAAAAAUACGGUUACAACUCAGGGUCACAAAAGAUGCAUCUUCUAAUGCAUAUUUUUAUUAUGGUAAAAUAUACAUAAAUACAAUUCACCAUUUUAACAUUUAAUUCAUAUUAAAUACAUAUAAAUCAGUGACAUUUAGUACAUUCACAGUGUUGUGCCACCAUCACCACUAUUUAGUUCCAGAACAUUUGCAUCAACAAGAAAUUGUCUAGAGACAAGACUAUCCUGGGUAGGCAGAAACCAUAGAUCUUUCUGUUUACAGCUGUGGAAACCAACUGUACCAUAAAGAUAGUUCACUGAGUUUUAAAGCCAAGCCACAUCUUAUUUUUCCAAGGUUUAAUUUAGUGAGAGGGCAGCAUUAGUGUGGAGUGGCAUGCUUUUGCCCUAUCAUGGAAUUUACACAUCAGAAUGUGCAGGAACCAAGUCUGGAAGUGUUGCCACCCCUGUCACAAAACUUGGGCUUUGUUUGCUUAUUCCAUGAAGCAGCAGCUAUGGACUUUACCAUGGAAACAUGAAGAGACCCUCUACCCCUUUCCUUAAGGAUUGCUGCAAGAGUUACCUGUUGAGCAGGAUUGACUGGUGAUGUUUCAUUCCGACCUUGUCCCAAGCUCUCCAUCUCUAGAUCUGGGGACUGACUGUUGAGCUGAUGGGGAAAGAAAAGCUCUCACACAAACUAGAAGCCAAAUGUCCCUAUAUAGAGAUCAAGUCACUUUUGACAACAGCCAGCUGAAUAUAAAAACUUAAUAAAGCUGUGGAAAGGAACUCUUAAUCUUCUUUUCUGCUACUUACGUUAAAUUCACUAAAUCUUGAUUAGGAAUCAAAAUUCGAAUUGGGACAUGUUCAAAUUCUUUCUAGUGGUAGUUGCCUAUACUGUCAUCACUGCUGUUGGUUUAGCAUUUGUGGUGUACCACGCUGUGUGCUCAAGGGCAUUACAUUCAUCUUCUCAUUUAAUCCUUACAACAAUCCGAAGAAGGUAGGUGUUACCAUUCCCACUUCACAGAAACAGAAACUGAGGUUCAGAGAGGUUAAGUCAUUUGCCCAAAUGGCUGAGCCAAACCUGCCAUGCACCUAACCAUUAUUUUCUUUCUCAAACAUACCAGGCUGUCUCCUCAUAACAUCCAAGCACGCACUUAAAACUCCACAUGAAUACAGGGUUCAUGGGACAUCGUAUUCAUAGAAAGGGAGGCAGAAAGCUGGUCUGUUUCUGAUAGGCUUGUAAUUUAAUAUCAUUCUGCUCAUGUGCUUUGGAUGGAAGCACGUGUGGCAUAUGAUGCUAAUCAGUGGUUCCCAUACCCCUGGCUUCCUAAUUUUAAUGUUUGCUCACUGCACAGUAGAUUGACAUCAAAUAGUGGCUGCUGAUGAUGAAAAUAAAGGUCAAAUAAGUUAAGCCAAUAGCAGCUCCCUUUUUCCUUCUGUCUGCAUAUACAAAGCACUGUCAUGCACACAAUCUAUUCUGACCCUCUCACAACAACCCAUAAGGGUGUAAAUAGUAUUUCCAUUUUACAAAUGAGGGUCACACAGACUAUUACAUGGCAGAGCAGAUACUGCAACUCAUGUCAUCUGGUUGAAGCCUGUUGCUUUUUCUUUUCUAAACACUUUCCCUCAGCAAGUUGGAAUUAGACCUCACAAGUCUCCUUCAGAGAACACAAAUCUUUUGUUACUCCAUUCCUGUUUUGUUGCCUAGGUCCAGUCUCCCGCUCCCCAGAGACGCCAAAAAAAAAA